GGAGGACUCACACACACACACACACACACAAUCGAGUCUCUCUCUCUCUCUCCAUCAUUUAUGAUCGCUGGUUCUCUCUGCUGCUCAUUUGCUCCUUCCGUUCUGAAGCACAAAUCUGCGGCGUUCAGUGAGGGAGACCGCAGGCAUGUAAUGUGUCCAUAUGCCAAGGGCAUCCGCGUGCGUAAAGCGCUUCCAUUCACCACUACUGUUCCGCUGUCCUCCUGUGCGCUCCGGUUUGGCUUCUUCCCGGAGAAGAAAAGAAGAGUGACUUGAUUUUCCCCACGCUGUUUUGGGUGUAAAUGUUGAAGCUUGAAUGGCUGGAGCUCAACCUGGCGUUCAUGCGCUUCAACUCAAGCCGGUGCGCGUGUCCGAGAGUCUGAAGCGAGGCAGUAGGUUUAUGAAAUGGGAUGAGGAUUCUUCUACUGUGACCCCAGUGACGUUGCGCGUCGAUCCGCAGGGAUACUUCCUGUACUGGACAGAUCAGAAUAAGGAAACAGACCUAUUGGACAUCAACUACAUCAAAGAUGCAAGAACAGGGAAAUGCACCAAAACGCCAAAGGAAGCAAAGCUCCGGGAGCUCCUGGAUGUGGGGAAUCUGGUGGGACGGAUAGAGAACCGGAUGCUAACGGUGGUGACGGGACCCGACAUGGUCAAUAUCCAGUACCUGAACUUCAUGGCCUUCCAAGAAGACGUCGCCAAGGAGUGGGCAGAUGAGCUGUUCAGUCUGGCGUCUAACCUCCUGGCCCAGAACAUGGGCAGAGAGUCCUGUCUGGAGAAAGCCUUCACGAGACUCAAGCUGCAGCCCAAUCAAGAGGGUCGUGUCCCAGUGAAGAACAUAUUCCGCAUCUUCUCCGCUGACCGGAAGCGUGUGGAAACAGCACUGGAGAGCUGUAAUCUUCCGUCCGGCCGGAAUGACUCCAUCCCGUUGGAGGAUUUGACCCCUGACAUUUACAAAGUGUUCAUCAAUCAUCUCUGCCCGCGAUCUGAGAUCAACCAGAUAUUUGCUGAUCUUGGUGCGAAGAGCAGAAACUUCCUCACCAUGGAUGAGCUGACUGAAUUCAUAAACAACAAACAGCGAGACCCUCGUCUGAACGAGAUCUUGUACCCGCCGCUGAAGCCGGAGCAAACCCAGAUGCUCAUGGAGAAGUUUGAGCCCAACCCAGGAAUGAUUCAAAAAGGGCAGAUCUCAGUGGAGGGCUUCUCCAGAUAUCUGAUCAGUCAAGAGAACAGUGUCAUUCCUGCCGAAAAACUGGACCAGAGUGAAGACAUGACCUUCCCACUCUCUCAGUACUUCAUCAACUCCUCCCACAACACUUACCUCACAGCGGGUCAGCUCGCUGGGAACUCCUCAGUGGAGAUGUAUCGUCAGACUCUUCUGUCUGGUUGUCGGUGUGUGGAGCUCGACUGCUGGAAGGGCCGAACAGCGGAGGAGGAGCCCGUCAUCACACACGGAUUCACCAUGACCUCAGAAAUCUGCUUCAAGGAAGUGAUCGAAGCCAUAGCGGAGUGCGCUUUUAAAACGUCUCCUUUCCCUGUCAUCCUGUCCUUUGAGAAUCAUGUGGACUCCCCCAAACAGCAAGCCAAAAUGGCAGAAUAUUGCAGAUCGAUAUUCGGGGACGCUCUUUUGACCGAGCCGCUUGAGAAAUAUCCUCUGGAAUCAGGAGUUCCUCUGCCAAGCCCUCACGAGCUCAUGGGAAAGAUCCUCAUCAAGAACAAGAAAUCUCACCUGAAACCGUCCGACGGGAGCACGAAGAAGAAGCUGUCCGAGCAAGUGUCCAACACCAACAGCGACUCGUCCAGCGUCUUUGAGCCGUCGUCACCCAGUGCUGGACCUGCAGCGCCGGCAGAGGUGGAGGCUGAGGAUGACGAGGAUGAAGAUGAUGACGAUGACGACUGUAAGAAGUCCAUGGACGAGGGUACAGCAGGAUCUGAAGCCUUCGCCACUGAAGAAAUGUCCACUCUGGUCAAUUACAUCCAGCCCACAAAGUUCCACUCGUUCGAGGUUUCCAAGAAAACCAAACGCAGUUAUCAGAUGUCAUCGUUUGUGGAGACCAAAGCCCUGGAGCAGCUGACCAAGACCCCGGUGGAGUUCGUGGAAUAUAACAAAUUUCAGCUGAGCAGAAUCUAUCCUAAAGGGACUCGAGUGGAUUCCUCCAACUACAUGCCUCAGGUGUUCUGGAACGCCGGCUGUCAGCUCGUCGCAUUGAACUUCCAGACCAUCGAUCUGUCCAUGCAGCUGAACCUCGGCAUGUACGAGUACAACGGGAAAAGUGGCUACCGACUCAAGCCAGAGUUCAUGAGGCGACCGGACAAGCAUUUUGACCCCUUCACAGAAAGCACAGUGGAUGGGAUCGUAGCCAACACCUUAUCAGUGAAGAUCAUAUCAGGACAGUUCCUGACUGACAAGAAGGUGGGCGUUUAUGUGGAGAUUGACAUGUUUGGACUUCCAGUUGACACAAGACGAAAAGCUUUCAAGACAAAGACGUCCCAAAGCAACGCCAUCAACCCUGUGUGGGACGAGGAGCCCAUCGUCUUCAAAAAAGUUGUGUUGCCCACCCUCGCUUCCCUGAGGAUAGCCGUGUUUGAGGAGGGAGGAAAGUUCAUUGGUCAUCGGAUCAUUCCCGUCUCAGCCAUUCGUCCCGGUUAUCGCUACAUCGGUUUGAGAAAUGAAAAGAAUCAAGCUCUAACUCUUCCUGCUAUAUUCGUGUAUAUCGAGGUCAAAGACUACGUACCGGAUACAUUCGCUGAUGUCAUUGAAGCGCUGUCCAACCCCAUCAGAUACGUCAACUUAAUGGAGCAGAGAUCCAAACAGCUGGCGGCGCUCACUUUAGAGGAAGGAGAAGAGGAGAAGGACACUAAAGAGGCGGAUCCAGGUGUUGAAAACCCCUCGGAGGUUAAAAGCGAACCCAAACCCGCCCCGGUAGAGAACGGAUUGAGUCACGCUCCCAGUGCGGCUCCUAAACCAGCGUCCCAGAUCAGCACACAGCCACAGUCCUCAGGCUCAACGAAACCAGCGGCAAAGACUGAAGAUCUCAUUCAUAGCGUCCUCACUGAGAUGGAGGCGCAGGCCGUGGAGGAGCUCAAGCAGCAGAAGGGCUUCGUUCGAGAGCAGAGGCGACACUAUAAAGAGAUGAAGGACCUGGUGAAGAAACACCACAAGAAAACCACUGAGAUGAUCAAGGAGCACACGGCCAAAUACAACGAGAUCCAGCACGACUACCUCCGCAAGCGGGCCGUCCUGCUGAAAUCUGCAAAACGAGACGGUAAGAAGAGGUGCCUGUCCUCCAGUCCUGAACACGGACCCUCGUUCUUCGAGCAGGAACUGAACACUCUGGACCAGGACAGCGGACAGAAACUGUCGGACCUCAAAGAGCAGCAGCAACAACAGCUUCUGAAUCUCCGGCAGGAACAGUAUUACAGCGAGAAAUACCUGAAGAAAGAACACAUUAAACAGGUUAUCGAGAAGCUGACCGGCAUCGCUGAGGAAAGCCAAAGCAACCAAAUGAAGAAAAUCAAGGACCUGUGUGAGAAAGAAAAGAAAGAACUGAAAAAGAAGAUGGACAAGAAGAGACAAGAGAAGAUUAAUGAAGCCAAAUCAAAGGAGAAGCACUUGACAGAAGAGGAGAAACUGGAAAUCAACCGGUCUUAUGUGAACGACGUGGUCCAGCACAUUAAGAGGCUGGAAGACGCUCAGACUAAAAGACACGAGAAGCUUGUUGAAACCCAUAAAAGCAUUCUGCAACAGAUAUUAGAUGAGAAACCCAAGCUUCAGAACGACCUGGAUCAGGAAUACCAGGAUAAAUUCCGGCGGCUUCCAUUGGAGAUCCAGGAGUUUGUGCAGGAAAGCACCAAGAGAAAGACUGAGGAUGUAGAGCAAGAAGUUCUUCCUUCUUCCUCUUCCACGCUGGAGAAACUCAUGCAGAAGAGCGCACAGUCUGAAGACGACACAGAAGAGGAGAAGAAAGACUGAUCCGACCCUGUCAGAAACCUUCCGGAUCUC